ACAUCUGGCAGUUGUUGACCAUAGAGUUGCACUGGAGGACCUGGGGAUUCCUAGAGAGGAAAAGAGUGGUCGUUUUUAAUUUGCUUUUUCCCCACAUUCACGGGGGUCUUUCACCCCUAACCCCAGUGAAGGUGGAGGGACCGCUGUAUUGUUAUGAUUAUUGUUAUCUUGUUGUGAUUAAGAGUCUUCUCCUCCCUCUUUUCCACCAGGAGAAGAUGCCUGGCACGUUGCCGGCACUGCCAACCACUCUUCCUGAUGCGGCUCUUCUGUGUCCUGAACUCAGGGCUUCUCCCAAUCGAAUCAGAGGCAAAGCUGAGAAAGAGGAGCUGCCAGUGUUGGUGCCGGAGAUCUCUCUGAAACCCCCUUUGGGUGGUCCUAACAAUCCAGGGCUUUUGGGCAGCCAGACGCAGCCAAGUGGAGGUAGCGGGAUUCGAAACCAAGACUUGCGACUCCCAAAGCACAGACCCAGCCCGGGGAAGCGUUAUCAGUGCACAGGAGAUGGUUGCCGCCUAGCCUGCCGCACCAUGACAGAGCUCUUGGACCACAUGCGUGUCCACUACCGUCCCACACAGUCUCUGGAGGGGAAGACCUUCCGCUGUUCUACUUUGGGCUGCGUGGAAUUGUUCCCUGACAUGCAAAGCCUGAUGAGCCACAUGAAGGUGCACUACAAGCCCAACCGCUACUUCAAAUGCGAGAACUGCAUGUCCCGGUUCCGGACACACCGUUCUCUCUUCAAGCACCUGCACAGCUGCUCCGACCCGGCUGCUACCCGCCAGUCUCCAGCCUUGAUGGCUGAGAAGCCCGUCUUACUUCCUACUUCCAGCAUGGAAAAGGAGCCCCCCGGGAAAGUGUUAGAGGAGCUCCCAAAGCUGCAAAGCGUCAUCCAGCACAUCAAGAAAGAAGCCACACUCCCUGGUAAGGCGGAGGAACCGCUGGCUCCUGACUUGCUCUCAGCCAACCUGCACGGCGGCUCCCUGGAACCGGGGCCGCUCUCUUCGCCGGCCGCCCACUCAUACCCUUUGCUGGAACAGACCCUCUUUGGGCCACCCACCCUGGCAAGGUUCUCUGAACCACCUCACCCUUCCGUCCCGGGACCUUUCCUGCCCUACAUGCACCCCCAGGGCUAUGCGUUACCUCCCACUGCCGUGCAGAACCGCCUCAGGCCCUUCCUGCCAGGACAGGCUCUCCCCGUUUCCAAUGCCGUGUGGAAGAAAAGCCAAGGACACUCCUCCAACAGCCGCAUUGUGUGGGAACACACCCGGGGCCGCUACAAUUGCCUGCAGUGCCCAUACUCCACAGCCUCCCGGGAGGAGAUGACCCAGCACACGGAAGACCACCGGAAGAACCCUUCCCCACCCAGCCGCUUGGAUGGAGAAAUGGAUUUUGGAGUUGCCAUCCCUUCAUUCCACCCAAAAUUGACGUCUCCGGAAGUGGAGAACUCCCUGUUUUCGCCAUUGUGAGGCUUUCACAGCUUUUUACAAUGAUUUUUUUCUUCUUAAGGAGUAGAGAGGAUGAUAGGGUGAAGAGACUGACUCCAAAAAACAAACAAACAUGCAAAUGCAUAAAUGCAUCCCUUAAGACACCUCACAACAGACUCCACCCCACUUUGUCUUGCCUCUUUAAACCGUCUGUGAGCAACUGAUAGCCAUUGAGUUGGAACUUUUUAUGGUGAUAAUAAUUAUUGAUAAUUUAAUCUAGAAAUUUUCUGUGCAUCUUUUUUAAAACAAGAGUUCUCUUGCUUUAAGGCAAAAACUUCUUCCUGUCUCUCAGGGUGGGGUGGGGUGGGGGGCUCAAUACAGAUAAAGAUCAGGUUUGCUCAGGUUUGUUAGUGGGCUACUGCUGCUUUUUUUGGAAGGGGGGACAAAUAAAUGGGAAUCGUACAGAAAGCAGAGAGGGUGCUGCGUCUGUGUCUUUUGUGCAGAAUGAAGGCAAGAGAGAGAGACUGUGUUUUCUCCAGCCAUAUGAAUCCAUCCAUAAGAGACCUCCCCAAAGUUGGCAUCACUAACGCUGUCCUCAUCUUCCUCACUUCUGAGGUCUGACCUUCCAACAAGUGCUGGACUUAAAAGAAAAAGGUGAAACUGUCUAAUCCAUAUUCACAAUGCCAAAGAGAUUGGGGGGGGGGACCAUAUAGCCUCAUUCUUUGACAUAUCUACUAACCCUCUAGAGCAGGGCUACUCAAACUGGUGGUCCCUGGACCUAGUGCCAGUCCCUGGCAAGUUUUUAGCAAAGAAACAAGCCCUUGUAGCCCAUGGGCACAAAUCUAAUGCUGUUCUUCCUGGUACACUGGGAAGAAAUAACUGCCAGUCCACCACAUCAGAUACUCUGAGAAACUCUG